AUGGACAGGAAGAAGAUUGAUCUUACUCCGUUGAAGAAGGCGAAUGUCCCCAUAUUCUUCAUCGUCGGUGGACCAGGUUCUGGGAAAGGAACCCAGUGUGAAAAAAUUGUCGCGAAAUAUGGUCUUUCACAUCUCUCAUCGGGAGAUCUUCUUAGAGAUGAGGUCAAAUCUGGCUCACCGAGAGGUGCGAAACUCGAUAAGAUCAUGAAGGCCGGCGAAUUGGUUCCACUAGAGGUCGUAUUGGAUUUAGUAAAGGAAGCCAUGCUCAAAGAAGUUGCUAAAGGCUCGAAAGGAUUUUUAGUCGAUGGCUAUCCGCGUGACAUCCAAGAGGCAAAAAGUGUUAUCUUUUUCGAUGUGGCGGAAGACAUCCUCGUGAAAAGACUUCUAGGGAGGGCAAAGACCAGUGGACGUGCUGAUGAUAAUAUGGAGACUAUCAAGAAGCGUUUGAAAACCUUCACCACGGCCACCGCACCAGUGGUUAGCUAUUAUGAAAAGAAGAAGAAGCUGAUCAGGAUUAAAGCGGAUGGUACGGUCGACGAAAUCUUCACCGUAGUCUGUCAACAUCUGGACAAACAUGUCCCAGCGGCAAAGCCCGAUUUGCUGCCCAUCCAGAGAAAAUCUAUUGACUUGGGGCCUUUGAAGAAAGCAAAUGUGCCGAUAUUCUUCAUUGUCGGUGGCCCAGGCUCCGGAAAAGGAACGCAAUGCGAGAAGAUCGUGGCCAGGUAUGGCUUAUCUCACCUAUCGUCUGGAGAUCUUCUAAGGGAUGAGGUCAAAUCGGGCUCACCAAGAGGAGCACAGCUCAAUAAAAUUAUGGAAGCAGGAGAAUUGGUUCCUCUCGAGAUUGUUUUGGACCUGAUUAAAGAGGCAAUGCUAAAAGAAGUUGCCAGAGGUUCCAAAGGGUUUCUUAUUGAUGGCUAUCCUCGAGAAGUGAAACAAGGCGAGCAGUUCGAACGUGAGAUUCAAGAGGCAAAGUCAGUCAUAUAUUUCGAUGUUGCUGAAGAUAUUCUGGUACAACGACUUCUUCAUCGAGCUAAGACUAGUGGUCGUGCUGAUGACAAUAUGGAAACUAUUAAGAAGCGUCUGAAGACUUUCACAAAUGCCACCGCUCCAGUUGUGGACUAUUAUGAAAAGAAGAAGAAGCUGAUCAGGAUCAAAGCAGAUGGCACAGUCGACGAAAUCUUCACCGUAGUCUGUCAACAUCUGGACAAACAUGUCCCAGCGGCAAAGCCAGAUCUGCUACCCAUCCAGAGGAAGUCUAUUGAUUUGGGGCCUUUGAAGAAAGCAAAUGUGCCGAUAUUCUUCAUUGUCGGUGGCCCAGGCUCCGGAAAAGGAACACAAUGCGAGAAGAUCGUGGCCAGGUAUGGCUUAUCUCACCUAUCGUCUGGAGAUCUUCUAAGGGAUGAGGUCAAAUCAGGCUCACCAAGGGGAGCACAGCUCAACAAAAUCAUGGAAGCAGGAGAACUGGUUCCUCUCGAGGUUGUUUUGGAUCUGAUCAAAGAGGCAAUGUUAAAAGAAGUUGCCAAGGGUUCCAGAGGAUUCCUUAUUGAUGGCUAUCCUCGAGAAGUGAAACAAGGCGAACAGUUCGAACGUGAGAUUCAAGAGGCAAAGUCAGUCAUAUAUUUUGAUGUUGCGGAAGAUAUUCUGGUACAACGACUUCUUCAUCGAGCUAAGACUAGUGGUCGUGCUGAUGACAAUAUGGAAACUAUUAAGAAGCGUCUGAAGACUUUCACAAAUGCCACCGCUCCAGUUGUAGACUAUUACGAGAAGAAGAAGAAGCUUAUUAGGAUCAAAGCUCAUGGAACCAUUGACGAAAUAUUCACCGCAGUUCAGCAGCACUUGGACAAGCUAAUUCCAAAGUCGGAUGCUGCUGUGGAACGGAAAUCGAUAGACUUGACUCCGCUGAAGAAGGCCAACGUCCCCAUAUUCUUCAUCGUUGGUGGUCCUGGCUCAGGGAAAGGAACGCAGUGUGAAAAGAUCGUUGAAAAGUACGGCUUAUCUCAUCUUUCAUCGGGUGAUCUGCUGAGAGAUGAAGUCAAAUCGGGAUCUCCUAGAGGAGCAAAGCUCAAUAAGAUAAUGGAAGCUGGGGAACUGGUCCCUCUAGAAGUGGUUCUUGAUCUCAUCAAAGAAGCGAUGCUGAAAGAAGUUGCUAAAGGUUCCAAAGGCUUUUUAAUCGAUGGCUACCCUCGAGAGGUAAAGCAAGGAGAACAGUUUGAGAGAGAAAUUCAAGAGGCAAAAUCGGUUAUCUUUUUCGAUGUGUCGGAUGAGAUCCUGGUUCAGCGACUCCUGCAUAGAGCUAAAACCAGUGGGCGAGCUGAUGAUAACAUUGAGACAAUCAAAAAGCGACUGAAGACCUUCACCACUGCCACUGCUCCAGUAGUAGACUACUACGAGAAGAAGAAGAAGCUGAUUCGAAUCAAAGCUCAUGGGACAGUAGAUGAAAUUUUUGCGGAAGUUCAGAAACAUCUCGACAAAUUAGUACCAUCAGAUAAAUUGGCAGUGGAUAGGAAGCCUAUCGACUUAGCUCCAUUGAAGAAAGCCAACGUCCCUAUAUUCUUCAUCGUUGAUCCCAAUAGGCGAAAUGGUCAUCUUUUUCGAUGUCAUCGGAUGACAUCCUGGUUCAGCGACUUAUGCAUAGAGCUAAAACAAGAUGUAUUCACGAGUUGCAGUGGGCGAGCUGAUGAUAACAUGGAGACAAUCAAAAAGCGACUGAAGACCUUCACCACUGCCACUGCUCCAGUAGUAGACUACUACGAGAAGAAGAAGAAGCUCAUUAGGAUAAAAGCUCAGGGGACAAUAGAUGAAAUAUUUGCGGAGGUUCAGAAAAAUCUCGACAAAUUAAUACCAUCAGAUAAGUUAGCUGUGGAAAGGAAGCACAUCGACUUAGCGCCAUUAAAGAAGGCCAACGUCCCUAUAUUCUUUAUCGUCGGUGGUCCUGGCUCUGGGAAAGGAACGCAAUGCGAAAAAAUUGUUGCAAAAUAUGGUUUGUCUCAUCUUUCAUCUGGAGACUUGCUGAGAGAUGAGGUCAAAUCGGGAUCUCCCAGAGGGGCAGCGCUCACGAAAAUAAUGGAAGCUGGGGAACUGGUUCCUCUGGAAGUUGUGCUUGAUCUCAUCAAAGAAGCGAUGCUCAAAGCAGUAUCAAAGGGUUCCAAAGGGUUCCUCAUUGAUGGCUAUCCACGAGAAGUGAAGCAAGGAGAGCAAUUCGAACGUGAGAUACAAGAAGCGAAAUCAGUCAUCUUUUUCGAUGUACCCGAGGAUAUCUUGGUACAACGGCUAAUGCACAGAGCUAAGACGAGUGGACGAGCUGACGACAACAUGGAAACUAUUAAGAAACGGUUGAAGACCUUCACAACUGCUACUGCUCCUGUGGUCGACUACUACGAAAAGAAGAAGAAGCUUAUUAGGAUCAAAGCCCAAGGCACCAUCGAAGAGAUCUUUGCCGUUGUCGUACAACAUCUGGAUAAAUUAAUCGAGAAGAAGUAA